CCGUAGAAGAAGAAGAAGAUGAAUUCAGAAACAGGACGUUGCGUCUAAUCUGAAAACCUGCAGACUGCUGAACAUGAAUAAACCUGUUUAGCAUCUGACUCAACCUAAAUGACAAACUGGCUGACCUGCACAUCUUCUGAAUUCACGGACAGCUGGACUUGAGUUGGCUCCCUGAAGUUUCUCCCUUUACCCCUAAUCAUGGUGGAGUACUACCAGGUGUUAGGAGUACGGAGAGAAUCGUCUGCAGAUGACAUAAAGAAAGCUUACAGAAAGCUGGCCUUGAAGUGGCACCCCGACAAAAACCCCGAGAACAAGGACGAGGCAGAGAAGAAGUUCAAGGAGCUGUCAGAGGCGUACGAGGUGCUCUCAGACGUCAACAAGAGGAGCCUUUAUGAUCGCUAUGGCAAAGAGGGGCUGACAGGGAACAAUGGAGGAAGAGGAGGGCAUUUCCACAACGGAAAUCAUUUCCAAGAACCGUUCACAUUCCGAAACCCAGACGACGUCUUCAGGGAAUUCUUUGGAGGCAGAGACCCGUUUGCUGACUUCUUUGGUGCAGAUCCGUUUAGUGAGGAUCCGUUCUUCAGCGGCGGUCGGCGGCACCACAGUCAGCGACAUCGCAGCCGGACAGGCGGCUCGUUCUUCGGGGGCUUUGUUGGUUUUCCUCCCUUUGGUGCUGGCUUCUCACCUUUUGACCCAGGCUUCGGUUCUUUCGGCUCUAUGAGCCCCAUGGGUCAUAUGGCGCCCAUGGGUCACAUGACAACCAUGGGCAGCCUGGGAGGUGGAGGCUUCACCUCGUUUUCCUCCAGUUCCUUCGGAGGAGGAGGAGGAGGAGGAGGAGGAGGAGGAGGAGGAGGAGGAGGCAUGGGAAACUUCCGCUCUGUGUCCACCUCCACGAAGAUCAUCAACGGCAGGAAGAUCACCACUAAGAGAAUUAUAGAGAACGGUCAGGAGCGGGUGGAGGUGGAGGAGGACGGCCAGCUGCGGUCACUCACCGUGAACGGGAAGGAGCAGCUGCUGCGACUGGAACACAAGUGAAGAGGAGGAGGAGGAGGAGGAGGAGUGUUACCUCAGCACAAACACACCAACAAACUUGAGCUUGACGCAGAAGGAGGGGAAAAAAAGCAACAAACCGAUGUAAUAAUAGUCUCUACUGUUGUUUGGAUGUACAUACUUAGGUUUAUCUCCCCCUCUCAUGUCCCCCCCCCCGCUGACUCUCCGCUGUUCUCCGAUGAUUCCGAUUGGAGGAUUUGGACGCAGACUUUUCUAUGCAUUUCGUUCAUGUGUUUCUGAAUUGGAGCUGUGUUUAUUUUUUGGCUCAGGGUGGUGUUAUUGUUUCUGUGUUUGGGACCACAGUAUUAUUCUGAUGUAUGAUGACCAGCCCCCCCCCCCCCAUCGCCCCGCCUCCACGUUACUUUCUAUAUGCACUCCACUAUGUUCAGAAAACAAGGCAUGACUUUGCUUCUCCAUCUGAAAAUAGAAAAUGAAAUUUGAUUUUAAAAAGUGGGUUCAAAUGACUGAACCCACCCCCCCCCCCACCCACCCCUCUCUGUUUACUGCUAGUCUAACCUCUUCUUAGUAAUAAUUCUUUUUUAUUAAAAUAAAAAUGCUGGUAGGAUGAGUUAUGCAAUUUUAUAUGUUCUAAUACCAAUGUGUUUUCUGUUUAUUUAAUUAUGCAUGUACACCUGUCAAUGUUGAGUCUUAAUGUUAAAGCUGCAUUAUGAUGCACAAAUAAUGGAAGGCAUUCUAUAAAUGAUAUAUGGAUAUAGAAGGAAUUUUGUGUACUUUGUAAAACCAAUAAAUCUGAAUUUCAUCCUGUUUUCAGGAUGCUCUAA